CGUCUUCACAUACGAGGAAUUACAUACUAAUUCACAUACUAGAACCAAUUCCUUGUAUGUGAAAACAUACUCGGCAAUAAAGACCUUUCUGAUUCUGAUGGGUACAACACAUGUUAAUUGUGCUGCCACUGUACAGUCAAACAGUGGGCCUACACACACCCACCAGCUCAAGACAAGCACAAAUCUCUUGGCGUCACUGAACUGUGUGGGCUUCUGUAGGGAACAGUCAACAUGGUCAUGUAAAAGAAACUCAUUUGCCUGGUAAGUUUGAGUGAAAUUGCCUACAGCAAGAUCAGAGAUUCACUGAUCUUCAGAAUAAUCCUUGGAGAGAAAAGUGGCUCAAGAUAAUGAACCAGCAAAUGAAUGGAGUCAGUGGUUUUUAUCAUUAAAGACACUGCAUGUGGGUUGAUGAAGAGCACUUCAGAAAUGAGCCAGGUUGUCGACACAAUGUUGGUUAACUAUCCCCCUGGGAGCAUGAUGGCAGUGCUCCAGGAAAAUACGGAGAUCUGCACCACUGACACGACUCUGCAGUACGUGCUCCUCCUUCUUUCUAAAGUAGCUCUGAACACGCUGGUCUUGUCGUUUUGGUUGAGGAGCAUUCCCAAGACGCUCCUUGGUAUUUAUGGCAUCUCGAUAUACCUGGUGGAUCUUCUGCUUAUCUGCUCCAUCUCCUGGGCGUGGUGUUUCUACCAGGAUCAUCACAUCCAUGAAGUUGUGUGCUCCAGUCUUUCACACAGCUCCAUUGUAUACUCCCUGCUACCUCUGCCUGUCCUUCUGGCAGGAGCCUUAGAUUAUGUUAUCCAGCAAUAUGUGGGUUUCGGUCAGAAGUCAUUAGGCAAGACUGUUGUUCACUGUGCAGUAGUGGCUCUGAUGUGGAUGCUGGCUUGCUUUUAUUCUUACAGCUACACAGAGCCAGAGCUGCUGACCAUCCAGUACAAAGAAGAGGGCACGGCUCUUGUGUGUUCUGUACAAGGAUCUCUGGUGGUCAGUCACUUCUGUUUAAAUGUGUUCGCCAUUGUAGGCUUUGUACUUCUGCUUCACUGGAGAAAGCUUCCACGUUGGGUGCUCAGGGCUAACAAACUAUCUGAGCAGAGGACUGGAACACUUUCUAUGAGUGACCUAGCCUUUUCAACGAAACUGGAAAAACUUGAAUCAGGAGCGUACAUGGAAAAGCAGCAGGAUCGUCCUCCUAUCAUGAUCAGCCUUGUUUUGUGUUUUGCACUGAACUGGACUCCUUACCUGCUUAUGAACGUGGUCUGUGAUCUCCUGGGAUUUGCUGUGCCAGCUUAUGCAAGUGUCAAUCUCCUUUUCACCGCCUGUGCCAACAGCUUAUUUAUGGGUGUGGCUUUCUGGUACAGAAGCAAUAAGUAUGGACCUAUCUGCACAAUGCCAGAUGACAUCUGUGCAUGGAGUUUUUUCUGGUAUUUGAGUAAGGAAAAUGGCCAGUUUAUAGCCAGUACAAAACUCUACGAAGGACUAUACUAAUUACUGCCAGUGAAAAUGCCUUUUUAAAGGCUUCUUAUCAGGUUUGUCACAAUGACACAUGGGUUCAUCAUGCCCUGCACAAGUACAACGUACAGUGUACAUGUUGCCAUGGCUUUGUGGAUCGUCCAUAAUGAAUAGUAAUUAUUGCGCUUUGAUUCAGGGUUGCCAACUGUGGAUUAUUUUCAUAAUCGAUUAGUUUCCACAGAUUAAAAAUCAUGAUUUCACAUGGUACCUUAAAAUAAGCUUUAUCCUGAACUUCUCACUUAUAAUGAAAAAUAUUUCCCAACAAUUACUGUAUUUUUAUAAUGUACAAACUUUUUAAACAAAAAAAACAACAACAAAAAACUACAGAAUCGGUAACAUUACUGUUUACACUGAUAAACUAACUAUAAUUAUACUUUUGCACAGAUACAGAGAUUAAAUGAUAAUUUACCUUUGUUUAAGCAUUAAACAAGCUAUAAUAUGUAUAAUAUGUGCUGCUUGGUCCUAGUCACUUGUAAAUUACUUGCCAUCAUGAAGCUGGAUGCUCUUGUGAUGUUCUUGUACUGUAGUCAGAAUGAAUAUUUUAAAUGAGAUUUUCUCCUUCUGUUUACUAAAACUUAACUUUUAAUUGCAAUAGUUAGGAAAGGGACACGGGGGACAUUUUCCUCCUUAUACCGUAGGAGCAUAUUGAUGCAAAGCAUACGUGCAAUAAACCUAAAAAAAAAAGGGAUGAACCCGAAUGAAUUCUGUCCGUUAAUGUGUGGCCAAUUCUUUUAACCGGCUAGUUUUUAACCAACCUAAAGGUAUGAUUAACAGAACAGCAUCAGAAGAAAAGUCUGCUUUGUAGGAGUGUUGAGAUUGUAGAUUAUCAGCUACUUCAAUAUCAGUACACCACCUAAGGGCAACAAUGCAAUAAAGACACGCUGUGCAACAUUAUACCCUAGCCAAAAGCCAUGACCUCCUUUUUUAAGUACACAGUAAAAACAUGUCUACAGUGUAAUAUUUUUAUUAUACGUAAAAGCUUCUUUUAUAUGCUGUAUGUUACAAACAAAAAGCAUAUAAAUUACACCUUCCAUAAAACACUGCAAUAGCUUAAUUAAUUAUUAACUGCUCAUGACUCCUGAAGAACAAUAUUUGCUUAGAAUGAUAUUUAUUCACCAUGUUUAAAAAGAGAAAAUGAAACUGAUACGGUCCUAUUGUAUAAUUCAUGUUGUUUGUGAAACAAUAAACACAGUGCAGCGGGA